AUGCCGAACCGCAACCAACCACCCUAUGAAUCUUCUUUCAGUAAAUUCUAUUCUCAAGUACAGCAACUUUGCGACAGCACCUUAGGCCAAAGUCUGUAUGAUGUCCGUACCAUCGAAUCCUCAGACGAUGCGGAGCUCCUCUACAAGGCUAUGAACAAAUUGCAUGCUGCUGUCCGCAAAGUACGCUCAGACCACGGAUCUCAAGGACCAAACACACCAUGGAACCCCGUGUUUGCGCAAGGAGCAGGAGCUCAGAUGCCUCCGACACCUCCGGACACACCACCCACUCACCGGAGAAAUUCAGACUUGAAGUCAGAUAUUGAGAAGCUCAACAAGGAGAUCAACAGACUUGAAAAGAAAAGUGCAAAGCUCGACGAAACCCGGCAAGAGCUUUCGAAAGCGAACGAGAAUGUCGAGACUCUUGCGAAUGCACUUGCAUCCGAGUAUGAGGUCAACAAACACUACCGGUCAGCCGCUGAGCAGUACGAAUUCUUGAGCAAGAUCAAAGAGAAGGAUAUGCGCCAAAAGAAGCUGAAGAAAGACGAUGAUGGUGCUCGUGUUGCAGAACACGAGUAUCUCAAGUACCUCCAUCUGCAAGGGAAAAUGUGGCUUCAGGCCGCUAAGUUUGAUAAAGCCGAACACGCGCUUUGCCAGGUCCUUGAGAGAAAGAAAGUCCUCCUCGGUGAUUCAAGGCUGAGAAGGCAAGAGAAUCGUGACACUCAAUUAUUGUUGUGUACCGCUCUCCGCUCACAAAAUUCGACGUCCAAGCUCAAUAAGGCAGAGGAGUUCUACUAUCACGCCUCACUCUUGACCCAUCUUGACACGCAGAACACAGCUGAUCGCACCUGGGCAAUCCGGAACGCCUUCGAGCUCGCCGCCGUACACAUCGAACAAGGCUCCUACGAAGGAGUCAUUGACGGACUGGGUGGGGUCUGGGCUGCACGGCACCAGGCAUCUUCGGAGUGCAAAAGCUACCUGGAGAAAGAGAUCGUGCGGCUCUGGCAACUCCUCGGACGGCGACAGCAAAACAACCUCGCCACCAGAGUGCUCAAGAUGUGCAGCGAUGACAGCGGUGGUCUACCACAAAGCUUCCUCCCUCAUGUGCGAGAAAUCGGCAAGCUUGCAUACGAGCAGGGCCAAUACGAGACAACGAUUCUCUACCUAAAGAAAGCGUGGGCAGAUGCUUCCGAGCCCGAAAAGGAUCGACUACAGACUGGUUGGCUACUCGCAUGGUCCUUCUGCCACCUGAGACAAUACCCGAAAGCCCAGACAGUCCUCGCAGCGCUCCUCAAUCACGCCAGCUCCACCACAUCUCCCUCAAAGCUCGAAGUCACAGCCCUGCUCGCCCACGUCUACUUGCACCUGAAAAAGUACACUGAGGCAGAAAAACACGCUCGUAUUGUCUACAAUCAGUGCGGCGCGUCCACCCUGCUUAGCUCUCACGCGUACAACCAUGCUGACAUCUUGAUUCGCGCUCUCAUCGCGUAUGACCAGAAAGAGAAAUAUCAGGAUGCCCAUGGUGUUUGGAAUCGGAUCUUUGCGGGUAGGGAUCGAACACUGGCACAAUCGCAGGGGAAGAAGGCGCUCCGACACCAUGCUGAUGUAGGCAAGGAGCUGAGUGCGGCAUGGGCGAAAAAUAUCAAGGCUCGACCAAACGGAGCCGCGCAUCCGAAGAAGCCGGCGGAGAUCAGUGCGGAGGUAAAGGUACUUGAGAAGAUGAUUGCAGGAUAA